AUGAUAUCAGAACCAACAUCUACCAUAAGACAAAGACAAAAUCAAGAUUCCUCAGUGGGCUCCAAACAGGGUCGUGGCCAAGAGCAAAGCCAGCCAAGAAAUUCCGCGAAAACCGUUGACAGUCCACUUGCAAGGAGGUUAGCUUAUUACCAUGAAUUAGACGAAUGGCAACAAGAUAACCAUUACAUCCGUUCCGGAUACGUUAAAGGACAUUCACUGUACUGGUCAAGCUUCAAGUCUUUGGGAUACUUGCACAACGAGACUGUCAAUAUCUAUUCACACUUGAUACCCUCAAGCAUAUCGUUCUGGUUGAUAUUGUACUACAUCAAUUUCCAACUUCGCAUCUAUGACAACUACUUGGGUAUCUGGGAGAAGUUGAACUUUAUCCAGUUUGGUUUAGCCUGUACGUUUUGUAUGUUUAUGUCGUCCGUUUUCCACACCUUGAAAUCACACUCACAUAAAGUCAGCAGAUUUGGUAACCAAUUGGACUAUUUUGGAAUUGUUAUCUUGAUCACAUGCUCCCUCAUUUCCAUCAUUUUGUUUUCAUAUUAUGAUGAGCCUUUGGAGAAGUGGAUAUUUGUAUCGUUGACGUUGUUUUUUGGAAUUGUGUGUACAAUAUUCACGUUACAUCCAGAGUUUUCCAAAAAUCACUACCGACCAUUCAGAUCAACAAUGUUUAUCUUGUUCGGUCUUUCAGGGGUGUUACCAGUCGCUUUCGGAAUUUAUAAAUUUGGUUUUGCUACAACUCUGGAAAGAGCAGGCGUAAAAUGGUUGAUUUUAGAAGGGGUGUUUUAUAUACUUGGUGCUGUGUUAUAUGCAGCUAGAUUUCCCGAGAGGUUGACGCAUGUAGAGGAGGAUGAACAACUAAUGUUACUUAAUCCACAAGCUGGUAAGUUUGACAUAUUUGGUCACUCGCAUCAAAUAUUUCAUGUGUUUGUCGUUAUUGCUGCAUAUUGUCAUUGGUUGGCCUUGGUGCAAUGUUAUCACUAUUUGCACCAACAUAUUUUGGCAUAG